AUGGUCGUCUACUCCUUCUACAUCUUUGACCGUCACACGGAAUGCAUCUACACAAAAACCUGGCUCCCCGCCGAGCGCCCACCCUCCCAACAACUACCGCCCUCGUCCGCGGGGACGGGCGCCGCGCCGCCCUCGUCACAGCAGCUUCGCCGGAGCCAGGUCAAUUCGGCAAAGGAUGACGCCAAGCUCAUCUUUGGCACCGUCUUCUCCCUCCGCAACAUGGUCCGCAAGCUCGGCGGCGACGACGACGCCUUCAUCAGCUACCGCACCUCGGCCUACAAGCUGCACUAUUACGAGACGCCUUCCAACCUGCGCUUCGUCAUGCUCACCGACACGGCCACGCUGAGCAUGCGCAACGUGUUGCAUCAGAUCUAUAUAAACCUUUGGGUUGAAUAUGUUGUCAAGAAUCCCCUAUCACCGGCCGAACACAAGGGCGGCGAAGGUGUCAAGAACGAGCUUUUCGAACUGGGUCUGGAUCAGUUCGUCAGGGGCCUGAUGUGA